UUUGAUUCUCAUACACAAAUCAAAAUUGUGUAUUAUUUCAAAGACUUUUCUCAAUAUUACAAAUUGAAUACAAUAUGUUGUAAGUUUUACGAUUUGCACUGUCACUGUGUCUACAAAAUCAAGCUUAUUGAUUUAUGACCUCAAGGAUAUUCAUUGUACAAGCUAUUCCUUGAUCUAUGUUUCCGAAUGACUACAAAUGGUACUGGCAUAUGGAGAUAAAUCCAGAAUUGUUCAUUUGCAGAGAUUUUUUAGUCAGACUGAUAGUCGUACUAUAAUCAAGAGUAUAAUUUAUGGAAGUUUUCUAUCUUUAUCACUACUCAUCCUGUAUCUUUGGUUGUUUUCAUCGGAAGAAACCAUUAGCUGUACGAAUCAUCUGCAAGUGGAACAAUAUGUUGAUAUUGAACACACUUGUGAUUACCUUCUCAGGAAUCCCAUUGGGAUGUCAAGUGAUAAAAACGUGGGGAAUAUCCGGAGGCAAACAACUUACUCAGAUUUAUGCAGUCCUUAUGGAUGCAGUGAAUUCAAAUUGUUUCAAGGAUAUACUGUCCAUUCCUCUAUGGAAGAAGAACAAUUUCCACUGGCAUUCAGUUUAGCUAUUCAUGAAAACAUUAGACAAGUAUCUCGUCUUCUUCGAUUGAUUUACAGACCACAAAACUUGUACUGUAUCCAUGUGGAUUCUAAAUCUCCACAACAGUUUUAUGAUGAAGUGACGGCGCUGUCCAGAUGUUUUGGAUCAAAUGUUAUGGUAAUUGACCGGUCAGAGAGUGUUAAUGUUCAAUGGGGCUAUUAUUCUAUACUUGAGGUGUUUCUAAUGUGUGCAGAUAAACUAAUGAGGAAUACUAAAUAUAUGUGGAAGUAUAUUCUAAAUGUGAGUGGACAGGAACUACCCCUGAGAACAAAUUGGGAAUUGGUAGCAGCACUGAAAGCAAUAAAUGGAUCGAAUGUUGUUGAAGGUCUUGGUCCCAGACAUAAUCCAUCACGAUGGCCUCAAAAAAACUUUUCAUUUCCUGUGGUCUGGAACAAGGGGAGUUUCUACAUGGCCCUAAAACGUGAGUUUGUCCAGUUCUACCAAACCAACUCGAAAGCCAAGGAAAUCCUCAAUGCAAUGAAAGCAGAAGAACACUUGUGCAAGCAUCCUGAUGAGUUGUUCUUUCCCACACUAGCUUACAAUCCACAACUUGGAGCACCCGGUGCCUGUCUCGCAUAUCCUAACACCAAUAAUUCAGAUCCACGCACAGCAUUUGUAGCACGUUAUGUCACAUGGGCUCACAGAGGCUGUAUUAGUAAGAGAUCUCGACGAGGUGUGUGCAUCAUAGGUGCAGCGAAUCUUCUACAAAUACCACAACGAAUGGAAUUUUUCGCAAACAAGUAUCACGAGGACUUUGAGCCAAUUGCAUAUGACUGUACAGAAUAUUACAUAAUGAGUAAGGUUGUCAGAGAGAUGCUAAUGAAACGUCUGGAUCCAGAUUUUAAUGUUACAUAUUAUUCCAGACUAUAUUGCUCUCAAGAUCAUAUUUAACUUUUCGAAGGAUAAGGUGCAUUGAUAAUAUCGAGAUAGAGUAUUCAUUAUCUUUUUUAGAAUAAAAUUAUAUUUCUAAUUCAUAA